UAAUUCGAAACACAUGUUAAAAAAAUCAAAUAUUACAAGUAAAAGCAGGCUGUGUUUUAACUGUAGCAUUCUUCUCACAUUUUCUUUCAUACUUUAUGUUCAAGACAAAUUUGGAGUAUGGCAGUCGAAAAAAGUAACAGAUCUAUUUGGACUUACGUUGUGUUUAUGACCAUACUGCUUCAAUCAAUCCCGCUUAAUGAUGCCGAUAUGCCUGUCGACAUGGUUUAUAAUAUUCUGUCGAGUCGCCUUGAUGCCAUAUCAUUUGAUAUCAGGCUGUUCCGAUCAACAAUCGAUGGUGUUGUUAAGCAAACAGAUGAGAUGAAAACAAAAAUGAAAGACUUUUCAGGGUUGGCAUGUACAUGUGACCAGAGCACUCUGCCUCCAGUGAACCAAACCACACAAAGUAAAUACAGCCUGAAAGGAGUCAUGAAGCGUCAGGUCAUUCAGAUGCAGAGAAUGGUGGCUGUAGAAAAGAAAUUUCUUAGAGAAGUUGGGAAAGAAUUCGCAGAGGAUUUCAAAGACGUUAAUGAAAUGAAGCAGCGUUUAAACAACUUGGAACGGACUGUAGAGAAAGUAAGAGAUGAAGUUAAAGAUGAAACGGCAAUGGUAGAUGAUCGUCUAAAGAAACAAGAUCAGGUCAUUGCCUCUAUUAAAGUAUCGGCUGCCAAGGGAGAGAAAGGACAAAAAGGAGACGCAGGACCGGAAGGGCCUAUGGGUGUGUCCGUUCGUGGAGAACCUGGACUAGAUGGUCUUCCUGGCUUUCGUGGAAUGAAAGGACAAAAGGGAGAUCAAGGUCCAAGUGGUAGGCAAGGGCCAAUGGGACCACCUGGUCAAAAAGGCGAAGGAGGAAAUGCCAAACUUGGUCCAUUUAAAAUUAAAUGGAAGAAGUAAACACGGCUAUACAACUGAAUAGGAGGGGUAAAGGGGCCCAAUGAUAUUUUCAAAAUGUAUACGAUCAAUGAGUGGUUAUAACUGUUUGAACUGAACUGUAAAUAGGUGUGAUUAUAUUAUGUAUAAUUAUGUUUAAUUGUCUAUUAAAGUCUCAUCAAAGUACACAAAUCAAUAUUAAAGACAUGAUGAAAUUCUAUAUAUACAUGUUCUUUGCCACUCUUUAGUAGAGUUAUAAGAGACUACUAUAUGUAUAUGUACAAUGAAGUUAUCAGUUUAGUAUAUGAACCAUGCAAUGAAAAAAGUAACAUUUUGUGGCUCUAUUAUAUCACUGAAUAUUGCAUGCCAUGAGACUGUGAUGUAACAGUAAUUAAAUAACGUGUUCUGUUUGUGGUGAGAAUGUGAUGUGUUCGUAUACGUUUAGAACAUUUGAGAAAACUACUGAGAAACUUAAAAACAAAUAGAAUACAGUUUUGAUAACGUAUACACAAUACCUACUGUUUAAGCAGACGCUGAUCUUUACAAGUGUCGUUUUUAAUAUCAAUGCCUCUGGUGCAUUGCUAGUCUAUAAAUUAUCUUACAUUCAUAUGUACAGUAUUUGUUUCUGUUAAAGCACGCUUACUUGUAUGACUGAAAAAUUGUUGAAAAAGACGUUAAACCCGAACACACACACACUUGUAUGACGUUUUUUAACAGGCUUAAUACACUCAAAUAGGUUGUACGCCGCCAUAAUAACUCACACGGGUCACGCCCUCGUGAAAUUAUUCCGUAAACGUUUUUACGAGCAUUAAUAAACAUAAAACACGAUUUUCGUAUAUAUGAUGUCUUAAUUCGAGCACAUUUGCAUUAAAAUGUGGAAAUGUGACAUUAUUUUGGCGCCAUACAAGUAAGAGAUCUAGUACAUUUGAUCUCCCAUUUCAUAUAAAGGACGAAUCGAAAUAAUAAAUAGCAGAAGCAUGUUUUAAUAUAUCUGGUUAUACGCCUCGUGUAUAAUUCACGAGUCGUAUUAUUCCACAAGCGUCUAACGUCACCGUGUUGUUUCGAGUUUUGCUAUAUGUUAUGUCUUAAUUCUAAAACAAAUUCCAAACUGUUGUAUAAACAAAUCAGUCAAAUAAAUAAAGGCAUAGUGAUAUAAUGAAAUGCAAGUUUUUAUGACUUUUUAACUAUAUAAUAAAAAUCAUAUUUAAA